GGUUCGUCUCGCAAUGUUGCAAGAUUGUUCGCCAACCCCGAUUUCACCCUCGAGUCUGGAAUGAUAUGCUUGACGGUCCUAAAUCUGUGACUUCCAAUGAAAUAAUUUCCGUGAUGUCUAUCCACCGGAUUCGCCAGGGAGUACUUGAGGACACUGAUUUUCAACUGUGUCGACAUCUAAAAGAAACUCACUUGCGAUAAUAGACCCCAUCUCUGGGACCGUUGAUAAAGGUUCUAGUUUCAUUGGCUACAGAAUGGCCCAUGUUUACAACUAAAACUUCGUUUGAGCUGUUAGAGCCAUGCAUCGUCGAUUGUUAUACCAAAAGCCUCCCGUAAGGCAAACAGCAGAAAUUAUGUGUGACAAUCUACCAUGUAUUGAACAAAUCAAAACAAAUUCAAAAACAGCUUUGCACAUUUGUCUUCACAAAGCUUGUGGUAUUCAGCGCAAACUUUGUGUGCAGUUUUGUUUUGUGGCGGAGGGGGGCAAAUGGUGGGUGUUGAUGCACAAGCGUGGAAUUGGAAGUAUAAGUUGCGCUCAUUUUUCCAACUGCGAAUAUUCAGAGACAGCAUCUUCACCUGAAAUCAUUUAGUCUGAGGAAUUCUGGGGUAUUAUCUGUCUGAAUCAGGCCACUUUAUCAAUUUCCCUCCCAUUCUUUACUAUUAACACUUAGUUCCAUAGGUUAAGAUCCCGUCCUUUGAUAUGGCUAAACUAUUCGACUGCUCAAAAUGCUGCAAGAAGAAAGCACAUAACUACACGGUGUUGGUAUGCAAUCAGCCUUACCCAUUGUACAAUCAACAGAUGUGCGACAACUGCUUCGAAUUUACCAAGCCUCCACACGAAAGUUAUGAUUGCAACGAAAGCCCUGGAAAAAGUUGUAAAUCAUGCGGCCAUGCUGUGUGUCUAAAGAACAAAUGCUCUGAGCUGGGCGGCAAGAAGAUUUCUGAGAUUGGGCAAGAUACUGUAGAUAGAUUUACCCCCAAAGCGCGAGAUGCAUGGAUAAAAAAAUAUGGACCCCAGUCCAGUGCAGCAUUCAGUGCAGCUUCUCAAGCUUCAGCUAAUACCCCUGGACCAUCACAAUCUCUAGCCGAACCUGUUGCCGAUAAUAGAACGACAGAAGAGAAGCUUCAAGGCUUGUAUGAUGAAGAGUCUCGGAAAAUCCCUCAAGCAGCAAGCCAAGCUUGGAAUCCAUUCACUACUAUUAACGCGAACUUUUACAAGGUCGGCCUGAACAGCAAAGCGGAGAUCUUCAAGUAUUCGAUUUGCCUUGGAAAGAUUAUUCCUCGCGGAAAGUCCGAAGGGUUUGUACCUACACGACCAGAGACCAAGCGCUACCUAACCACGCGGCUUCUCGAGGAAAACAAACACCUAUUCGAAUCAAUCAGCUGGGCUAGCGACUAUGACUCCUUUAUUGUCUCUAAUAAGCCACUCAGAGAGCAUGAUUUGAGCAAGGUCGGACACUCGAUUUCAACACCACACACACGUAGCGGACCCAAUGGCAAACCAAUGAAUAUGGACUCUUCGUUGACAUACCUCGGAUUAGUUAAUGUCAAGGCAUUGAUGGAUCAUGUCAAGUCUAUGAAUGCACCCCUCGAUCACCCCGAAGAUGAAUUAAAGUUUCUGAAUAUUAUUUCUUGGAAGAAGGUUAAUUCCCCUCAAUAUGAAGGAGGUCGCGUGGGCAAGAAAUUUUAUCCACAUAGCUUUGUGGCUGAUGACGAAGAAUGGAUGUCUAAACAACGGGUCAAGCGAGCCGAGCAGGGGGACAUUCUUCUAAUCUUCAAAGACGACGACGAGGCGCCUUUAUAUCAGAUACAUCGUGGCUUCUUCAGCUCAAUGAGGCCCGGGAAGGGCUCAAUUUUUCUCAACGUUAAUGUGACAACAUCUGCAUUCUUUUCUCCGAUAAAUCUCGCCAAAUGGAUAGAAUCAAAACCGAUUGCUUGGGGAGAUUCUGAAAGACUUCUGAAGGGGGUUCGUGUUGUUUUCGACAUUCAUGCAAAGAACAGGCAAAAGGUCUUCAACAUCAAGAGCAUUGCGCCGCGUAAUGUGUCCGAGACAAAGUUUUCGAAAGAUGGUAAAGAAAUUUCAGUUCAUGCUUACAUGAAUGAUACAUACCCUAAGAACGUGUUCAACAAAAAUGCCCGGUGCAUCAACGUAGGAAGCAAUGCAGAGCCAACUUGGUUUCCAGCAGAUCAUCUGAGAAUUGUCGAAUGGCAAAUUGUCAAGAAGAAUCUGCCAGAGCCUUAUGUUGCUGCUAUGAUCGAUGCCACCAAGAGACCUCAGCAGAGUAAAUUUGCGAUAAAAGAGACGGCAUUGGGAGAACUGGAUUUCCUUGAGGAGGACCCUUUCUACAAGGCAUUUGGAAUUACACCAGUCACAAAUUUGGUUGAGAUCAAAGCGGGAACCCUCGAAGCUCCGGCAUUGUUACUUGGUGGUGGGACUGAUAGAGUUCUAGCUCACCACGGUUCCUGGGAAUUGAAAUCCAAGAAAUGCCGGAAGCCGGGUAUCGAAAACCCGACUCUUUACGUUCUGUGGUUGAGAAAUGCUGGUAAACCAGAGCAUGCGCAGAAUGAAAUGCAAGACGCCACUAACACUUUAGUUGUCUCUCUAGAGGCGUUUGGACUUAAUCAGAUUAAGGGACGCGUCUUUUGUCAAGCGAUAGUCCCUGAAGAAAAUCUAGACCCCGAAGAUUACCGUCAAACUUGUGCUAGAACUUUCGAAAUGCCCUGAGACCCGUCUUUAAAGGCGCGAGAACGGUGCCCCUGGUUAUGGUUGUGCUUCCAGUACGAAGCCGCAAGCUCUACCCAGAAAUAAAAAGAUGGGCA